GAAAUGUCUGCGCGAAAGUUGUUGUCCUUGCAAACAUCUGGACGGCGGAGCCGCUGGGUCCUCGCCCUCUGACCGCGGGCGGGGCGGAAAGGAGGGAGGGGGGAAAGGAAGGAAGGAAGAAGAAAAGUUUCUUCUUCUUCUUUUUCUUCUCCUUCUUUCCUUCCUUCCUUUCUUUCCUUUCUCUUUCUUUUUCUCCUCCCGUUUUCCCCCGGCUCUGCAUGUCCGGCUUCCUGCGCUGGGUCCCGCCGGCCUUUCCCCGGCCAUGGACCACGGCUCGGUCCGCUAAAACCGCCGAACCAGCCCCGCGCUCGCCCCGCUCCUCUGCAGCAACGCGCAGCCCGGAGGCCGCCAGCAUCCUCUGAGCCAUGGCCAGCGACUGCGCGGCGCGGAGCUUGGAUAACACCGAUCUCGGAGCGCUCCGGGAUCCAGCUGGAAUAUUUGAACUAGUGCAAGUCGUUGGGAAUGGGACAUAUGGACAAGUCUAUAAGGGUCGCCACGUGAAAACAGGGCAGCUGGCAGCAAUCAAGGUUAUGAAUGUAACCGAGGAUGAGGAGGAAGAAAUCAAAUUGGAAAUUAAUAUGCUGAAGAAGUACUCUCACCAUCGGAACAUCGCGACCUAUUACGGCGCUUUUGUCAAGAAAAGUCCAGCAGGUCAAGAUGACCAGUUAUGGUUGGUCAUGGAGUAUUGUGGGGCCGGAUCUGUCACAGAUUUGGUGAAGAAAACGAAGGGGAAUUGCUUCAAGGAAGACUGGAUUGCCUACAUCUGCAGAGAGGUCCUUCGAGGUCUGUCCCAUUUACACGCCCACCAUGUUAUCCACCGAGAUAUUAAAGGACAGAACGUGCUGUUAACGGAAAACGCUGAAGUGAAAUUGGUUGAUUUUGGGGUCAGCGCUCAGCUCGAUCGGACGAUUGGCAGGAGAAACACGUUUAUUGGGACACCUUAUUGGAUGGCGCCUGAAGUCAUUGCUUGUGAUGAAAACCCAGAAUCGACCUAUGACUACAGAAGUGACUUGUGGUCCUUAGGUAUCACCGCGAUCGAAAUGGCUGAAGGAGCUCCCCCGUUGUGUGACAUGCAUCCGAUGAGAGCCCUCUUUCUGAUUCCACGGAACCCUUCUCCGAAACUGAAGUCUAGGAAAUGGUCAAAAAAGUUUCUCAACUUUGUUGACAGUUGCUUGGUCAAAAAUUACACGCAUCGCCCUGUGACGGAGACUCUGCUCAAACAUUCCUUCAUCAGGGACAUGCAAAACGAACGCCAAGUACGCAUCUUGCUAAAAGAUCACUUAGAUAGGACCAGAAAGAAAAAGGGAGAAAAAGAUGAAACAGAAUAUGAGUACAGCGGAAGUGAGGAAGAAGGGGACGAGUUGAACGAAGACGAAGGAGAACCAAGCUCCAUUGUGAAUCUGCCGGGGGAAUCCACCCUGCGCCGAGAGUUCCUACGACUUCAGCAGGAGAACAAAUCCCGUUCGGAUCCCCCCUGCUUGCAGCCCCUCCAACACCAGCAACAGAAACACCAGGAAAACUACAAAAGGCAGCUUUUGGAAGAGAGGCAGAAGCGCAUCGUGGAGCAAAAACUGCAGAGGAAGAAGCUGGAAGAUCAUCAGAAAAAGGAAGAGCUUCGGAAACAUCUGGACCCUGAAAGGAGACACCCAGAGAGCAAGGGGGCUCCGGGCCAUGUGCAGAAGGAUAAAAGCAACCGAGAGAAGCCGGAGGAGGCGUGGUACAAAGGGGAUGCGGUCCAACACGCAGGAAUGCAACAGAGGAAAGCAGACGAAGCAACUCAGGGGAAGAAAUUUCACCGAACCCUUCCCAAAGAUCAGACACAACUCCUUUCUCUCCAACACGACCACAAGCAGAAGAACAAGGAGAUUCCUAAGAUCCUUAAUCUUCCACAGGGCCCUUCGUCAAACUGCUUGAGCAAAGAGGCGGAAAAGCAGCUUCAGAAAAGCUACGGGGUCCAGCCAGACUUCAACCGGACAGCUGUCCUCGGCCAGGAGACCACCCCUCACGGAAGGCUGGGUUCUGGUAGUAGUUCCACCCCGUGUACACCAGCUUUGCAACGAGCGGUGGUGGCCCAGAAUGAAAACCUCCGAAUGAGUCGGGACGUGUGUCAUCGCAGUUUGUUGUCUGACGUCGCGGUCACACCUCUGAGCCCCAGCCAGGAUGAGGUGUUUUGGAGUCUGUCUCAGGCUGAAGAACAACCCCAAAGGUCUUUCCUAGGCAAGCUUAGUGUGGUUCCUCAAAGGACAACCUCAACGUUUUACACCAGAGAUCAACAGAGUUUCCCUUCGAGCGCACAUCAGCCAACCCUGGGGGAUCCCAAAGCAAAAUCCAAUAACAGCUGCAAGGAUUUCAAUGGCAACAGGCCAAAGGACUUCAAGUCCCAUCAGAACAGCCAGUCGAACUCAGAGUCCUCCAGAAUAGACAACAGACCUCUCCAGUCCUGUAAGAAACCUGAAAAUACUUCUCAUUCAGGCCAAAUUUCAAGUCCAGCUUUGUGGAACAAGGAGAAAGUUGGCAGCCAUCUGCUCCGGAAGUCUCUAGAAUAUUCCUCCUCCAGCGACGAAAUCUGCAGCAGCGACGAGGAUGAUGCGGGUGACGGACACAUAAGGCAACCGCUCGGCAACGGAGUGACCGCCUUCUCAAGGGCAGGAGUUGCUGACGGGAUCGAAUUGAACUCUCCCUGUCUUGUAGCGGAUCGCCAGGAUAAUGCUGCAGGAAAAUACGGCUGUGGGGUUCGUGAAGAACUCUGGAAUAUGAACAAUCAAAAUUACCUGCUGCCGGACCUCCUCCAACAGAGUCAGAUUCCGCCAAACCCGAUGAAAACUUCUGCUCAAGAACUUCAGAACAAACCCCCUACUAACCAGGCACUGAACCCUGACGGUACCCCUUCCAAAAACAGUUCUUCUUCUACGUCAUCUUUUACAUCCUUCAUUGAUCCUAGACUUCUCCAAAUCUCGCCUCCUUCCAGUCUGAGUGGACCAAACUGUGGUGCCCCGUCCAAUGUGAAAAUGGAUCCUCCCAGCCGGCAAAAUACAAGAAAAGGUUCUGUAGUCAACGUCAACCCUACAAAUAUCCGGCCGCAGAGUGACAGCCCCGAAAUCCGCAAAUAUAAAAAGAAGUUCAAUUCCGAGAUCUUGUGUUCUGCGCUGUGGGGGGUGAAUUUACUAGUUGGAUCCGAAAACGGAUUGUGGCUUCUGGACCGGAGUGGACAAGGUCGCGUUUACUCCUUGAUUAGCAGGAGACGCUUUCAACAGAUGGACGUGUUGGAAGGACUGAACGUGCUAAUUACCAUCUCAGGCAAAAAGAAUAAGCUACGGGUGUAUUAUCUGUCUUGGCUACGAAACAAGAUCUUGCGGAACGAUCCCGACGUGGAGAAACGACAAGGCUGGGUCUCGGUGGGCGACCUAGAAGGCUGUGUACACUACAAAGUUGUGAAAUACGAGAGGAUCAAGUUCCUGGUGAUUGCCGUGAAGAAUUCGGUGGAAGUCUACGCCUGGGCUCCCAAGCCGUAUCACAAAUUUAUGGCUUUUAAGUCUUUCGCCUCGCUUCCUCAAAAACCACUUUUGGUUGAUUUGACUGUGGAGAACGGGCAGCGGCUGAAAGUUAUCUAUGGGUCAGCCGUAGGAUUUCAUGCCAUUGAUGUGGACUCUGGCUCGGUGUAUGACCUAUAUUUGCCGACACAUAUCCAGGGAAAUAUUCAUCCGCAUGCUAUUAUCAUUCUCCGGAACACCAGUGGCAUGGAACUUCUACUGGCUUAUGAAGAUGAAGGAGUCUACCUUAACAUCUAUGGGCACUUCUCCAAAGAAAACAUUUUGCAGUGGGGAGAAAUGCCCACCUCAGUAGCUUAUCUUCAAUCCAAUCAGGUGAUGGGCUGGGGUGAAAAAGCAAUUGAACUGCGUGCUGUGGAAACGGGAUGUCUGGAAGGCGUGUUUAUGCAUAAGAAAGCCCAGAAGCUGAAAUUUCUCUGCGAAAGAAAUGAUAAGGUAUUUUUUGCAUCGGUUCAGUCUGGUGGCAGCAGCCAAAUUUACUUUAUGACACUGGGCCAAAACAUCCUGUUCAACUGGUAAAUGACUUUGGAAUGAAGGAAGCGAAUAUUUGACUUUCCCAAUUUCUACGAGCCAUCUAAAGCUUAAGCCCAUUUCAGAAGUUGCCCUCCCUUCCCCCGCUCGUUCCUGCAAUGAAAAGGAAAAGAAAACCCUGCGAUCCUCGCCGAAUGGCCUUCCAUUGCGGAUGGUACACAAUUCUUGCAAGUGUAUUGUUUAAAAUUUGCACCCAUUUUGGGGGGCUUGGGUUUUUGUUUUUUUUUUUUAAAAAAAAGAAAGCGUUUUUGCAAAGCAGAAUGGCCCCAUGGAAACCAAGAGUUUUACAAAGUAUGCACAGAGUUGUUCUGGGGGAUUUAUUUUUAUUUUUUUUGCACAAAGAUUGUAAUGUUGUUUUGUUCGACGUUCAGGCAAGUGGGGGGGGGCAUUUGGAGUGAAACCAGGUGCCCAGUUAGGCAUAUUCCGUGCGAGGGGGAAGACAAAAAAAACCAUUGAAUGGCUAAAUUGACAGUAAACAGUAACAGAGUUGGAAGGGACCAUGGAGGUGAUAUGGCUUGGUGGGCGUGGCAGGGGAAGGAUACUGUAAAAUCUCCAUUCCCUCCCCACUCCAGGGGAAGGAUACUGCAAAAUCCCCAUUUCCUCCCGAUCAGCUGGGACUCGGGAGGCAGAGACUAGAUGGGGGCGGGGCCAGUCAGAGGUGGUAUUUACCGCUUCUCCAAACUACUCAAAAUUUCCACUACCGGUUCUCCAGAACUGGUCAGAACCUGCUGAAACCCACCUCUGGUCCAACCCCUUGCUCAAGCGGGAGAUCUAUACUAGGGAUUCGAACCGCUGAACUGCCGACCUUUCUGAUCGACAAGCUCAGCGUCUUAGCCACUGAGCCACCUAGCCUGGCCGUUAGUUUGGUAGGGUUUCCCUGUUUUUCCAAAGCUUGCUUUCUCGGGUAGAUCUGCCUUCUUUCCUGAACGCCUGAGUAACGUCUUUGUUUGCCGAGAGAUUUCACAGCCCUUGUGAAGCAGUCAUUCAUGGCAGAACGAAUUUCUCUACGGGGAGAAAUUCCCAGAGGAAGUCUAUGUUCUCAGCAGUUUGAAGCUAGAAGUGUCCUUGGGGAUACCAACACCCUGGUUUCUAGCCGAUUUAGCAAUUGUUUAUUCUUAAGUACAGUCUCUUCUCGUGCGUGCGACUCCAUCCGAUUUCUAAGGAUGUUCUAAACCGUCAGAGGGGAAAAAAGUCCUCAAGAAAGUAAGACCACAUCUAGAAUCCUGCAUCCAGUUUUGGUCACCACAACUAUAAAAAAGAUGUUGAGACUCUAGAAAGAGUGCAGAGAAGAGCAACCAGGAUGAUGAGGGGACUGGAGGCCAAAACAUACGAUGAACGGUUGCAGGAACUCGGCAUGGCUGGUCUAGUGAAGAGAAGGACCAGGGGAGAAAGGAUAGAAGUCUUCCAAUAUUUGAGGGGCUGCCACAGAGAAGCGGGGGUCAAGCUAUUUUCCAAGGCACCUGAAGGCCAGAGAAGGAAUAAUAGAUGGAAACUGACCAAGGAGAGAUUCAACCUAGAAAUAAGGAGAAAUUUCCUGACAGUGAGAACCAUCAACCCAUGGAACAGAAGUUGCCUUCAGAAGUUGUGGGAGCUUCAUCACUGGAGGCUUUUGAGAAGAGACUGGACUGCCAUCGGUCAGAAAUGGUGUAGGGUCUCCUGCUUGGGCGGGGGGUUGGACUAGAUGACCUACAAGAUCCCUUCCAAUUCUGUUAAUCUGACUAAGUUCCCCGCUCAUCUUUAGUUGUUCGAGCGGUCCUUAAUAUUUGAAACAGACGAUUCCCACCCAUCUGGCGAUUUAGGCCUUUCCAGUCGUUUAAUUCUUAGAUCUCAAUGGAGAACUUCCAUUUAAGCAUGAUGUUUCCUAAUGGCAGUGACCACCGUCCCUCUCAAAAUGAGGUCUAAAAAGGCCACGGCGGGCUUCUAACUGGAAUGAUCACAACGUCCCUUAAUCUCACUGGGACUUAGCUGAAGCGAGAGAGCCUUUCUUGAAGCUAAGUUACCUUUUUUUAAAAAAAAAUAAAUAAAAAUCAGGUAUUUUAUAUCAGUUAACGACUCAUGGACAGGACAUAGGAGCCGUCUCCGAAUGACACGCUGUGUUUUUCCACCAUAGUCUUAUAUUCUCAGGGUUUGCAAUUCGGGUUGUACGAUUUCUCAGGUUUGCAAGACUUCGCUACAGUUUGUACAACCCGUUGGGAAAACACAAGGCACAAUUUUUUUUUUAUUAUUAUUUUUUUAAGGGGAUGAAUACUUUCUACCAAAUUAUUUUUAUCCAAGGGAGAAGCGUUAAUACCUGAGGACUGUGGGAGAAAGGUGGGGCGUGUGGAGGAUUUAAAGAAGCCCUGGAUUAAAUUCCAGCAUGAAAUUGCCAUCAGAAUUAUUAUUAUUUUUUUCCUGAGGAAAGCUUGUGUGUUAGGUGAGUUGUGGGGUUGCGUUCCCUAGAUUUCCAAUUAAACGCAUAUCCGAGGACUGGGCUGGGAAUCUUGUCCCUUUUCAAGUCAUGGAAUAAAGGCUGUUAGAGGAAGAUUGUUAUACUCCUAUAAAGAGAUAAUAUUUUGGAAAAGGAAUUGGGAAUGCAACACUUCUAAAAUCGGGUUGUGUUCCCAAUGUCUAGCCAUCGGGGGAGUUUAUCCAGGGGUGGGCUUCAAAAAUUUUAGCAAAGGGUUCUCUGCCCGGUGGCUGGGUGGAUGUGGCCAUGGUGGGUGUGGCCUAAUCGGCCUCCUGCACCACAGCAUGGGAGUGUUUUUGCCCUCCCCAGGUUCCGGAGGCUUUCCUUGAGUCUCCAGGAGGGCGAAAAUGGCCUCCCCAGGCUCCGGAGGCCCGCUGGAGGCUGGAAAUGGGAGUUUCCGGCCUUCCCGAUCUUCCGCUAGGCCCAUUUUUCACCCUCCCCGAGCCUCCGGGUGCACCCUGCACUUACCUGCAUCCAAAACGGGCCAUGUGGGGACUCCAGGGAGAGGAAGGGUGGAUGGGGCGGGGCCAGCCAGGAAUGGGAUUUGGGGGUUAGGGUUAGGGUUAGGAUUAGGGGGGUGUUUUUGCCCUCCCCAGGCUCUGAGGCUUUCCUCGAGCACAUAAAAAAUGCAAGUAGAAAAAAUAGGGACCCCCUUUGGUGGGAAGUUAACAGCGUUCCGUGCGCCUUUGGCAUUGAGUCAUGCCGGCCACAUGACCACGGAGACGUCUUCGGAUAGCGCUGGCUCUUCGGCUUUGAAACGGAGAUGAGCACCGCCCCCUAGAGUCGGGAACAACUAGCACAUAUGUGCGAGGGGAACCUUUACCUUUAUAACAACAAACCCAUCUACCUUCCCCCUUGACUGUCCGGAUGUGAAAUUUGGCGAAAGAUUAGGACACUUGCAUUGUGUCCUAAUGAAUGUGUGCUCCAUGGAAGGAAGACUGGGGUUGACACGAUUUAGAAAUGCCUUUUGUGUCACACAGUUGUGAUAGGUAGUUAGGAUGUGUGGUUAGCAGGGGUAGAAUAGAUUCUUCUGGCCAUCAGUCGAGUUCAUUUGGAAGGGAUGCCAUUGAUUUCUGGAGCUGAUUGUUCUCGUAACGCGUGUUGCAUUUCGCUUUAAUAAUUGAAAGCAGACCGAAAGAAUAAUACUUUAUUAAAAAGCGAAAACGCUGGGGUAAAGGGGAAUGGGGAGAAAACUAAGAGUCCUUGUACUGUAUUCCAUGCUUUUCCCCAAACCCGAAAGCACAUUCCUGUGUCAGAGAUAAUAAGAUUGAAAGAGAAUAGGUGGAAACAGCUGCAAUCUAUCGCUUCAAAAUUAUUUGGCGUCUUUGUCCCCAUGUUUAACAUUCUCCUAGCGUUUUUUUUACUCAAUAAUAAUAAAAAAAAAAGUGUAGAGUUUCUUGUUUUCCCAAUGCUCAGAUAUUGGGAGGGCAUGGAAACUGAAAAGUUGCAGUAUUGAUUUCCUCUGGAGACUUUGUCAGAGUAAUUGGGUGGAAAAAAAUCUUUCAGUCACUAUUGUUUUUUAUAACUUUAUUUGUCCUAUGCAGUGAUGAAAUCCAAAGUUUUUUUACUACCGGUUCUGUGGGCAUAGCUUGGCGUGCAUGGCAGGGAAAGGAUAUUGCAAAAUCUCCAUUCCCUCCCCACUCUGGGGCCAGCCAGAGGUGGCAUUUGCCGGUUCUUGAACUAUUCAAAAUUUCUGCUACCGGUUCUCCUAACUACUCAAAAUUUCCGCUACCGGUUCUCCAGAACCUGCUGGAUUUCACUCCUGGUCCUAUAUAUAUUUGCCUUAUGUAUCUGGACAAAAACCAAGAGUAAACUUUCACAGAAAGAGGAUCAAAUGAAGAUGGCUAUCUAAAAAAAUAAAAUAAAAAAAUAGAAUAAUAUAUAUUUAACUGAACGGUUGCAAUAGUAGCUGAGCUGUUAUCUCUGUGUGAACAGAAAUCAGUAUGCUCUGGCUAGGGAAUUCUGGGAAUUGAAGUCCAAAUAUAUUAAAGGGCUGCCUGAGGAAUUCUGGGAGUUGAAGUCCAGAUAUCUUAAAGGGCUGUCUGGGAAAUUCUGGGAGUUGAAGUCCAGAUAUCUUAAAGGGCUGCCUGGGGAAUUCUGGGAGUUGAAGUCCAAAUAUAUUAAAGGGCUGCCUGAGGAAUUCUGGGAGUUGAAGUCCAGAUAUCUUAAAGGGCUGCCUGGGAAAUUCUGGGAGUUGAAGUCCAGAUAUCUUAAAGGGCUGCCUGGGGAAUUCUGGGAGUUGAAGUCCACCCAUCUCAAAGCGCUCAAAGUUGACAAACCCUGUCAUAGACCAAUGAGGAACAUUUCAAUGCUCAGCCCGACUAACCAGUUUAUUGAAAAUAAAUAAAUAAAUAAAUAAAUAAAUAAAUAAAUAAAUAAAUAAAUAACCAACCAACCCCCAGGGAUGCAAUUUCUUAUUUUCAAAUCAGUUUAUCUAUUAAGCUGGCAGAAUUGCCGCUCCAUUUAGCACAACUUAUAUAUUUCCCUUUCUGCUCAUGCUUGAUUGCGCACUUCUCCAAUCCGAUGCCUUCCAGAUGUUGGUAGGGCAGCAGUUCCCUGCUAGCUACCCGGACAGGCUGGGGAAGACUCCUCUGUUUGCAAAAAAAAAAAAAAAAAGCAAAAUAAAUCCCAAGAAACUUCUAUGCCCAGAAGCCCAACGAUGAGUCCUGCAUGCAAAUCGACCAUAAACCCAUUUUUUUGUAUGUUUACGGUGCCAUGAGACUUAACUGUGAAUUAACAACUCUGAAACUUAACACCCCCCAAAUGUUUGGGGGUUUUUUUUCCCCCUGCUACUUUGCUAAAUCACUACUCGAGGCUAGUUUUCGGGGAGCCAUUAGCUCUAACGCAACAAAGCCCUUUCUUACUCCUAGUAAGUAAAUAAUUGGUAUGACAGGUAAGGUAGGACUUUUGAUGCCCGGCAAGUAGACAGGGAGGGAAAAGGGAGGUCGGUUUUUCUGGAUCCGUUUAAAACAGAGCGAGAAGGGAUUUUGUGCGUGCACCUGCCAGGGACACAGAUGGUUGUCUCGACAGAUGCUGUCCUGGCUGCAUGCCGCAACAUCCUCGACUUUGGAACAAGCAGGAGGACCGGUUUCUGAGCAAAUACACAUAAGGGGUGCAAUGUGCCACUUGUUAUUUCCCCACCGUUCGAAACUCAGUCCAGCAGCUGGGAUUUAAUCGAGUAUGUUUUCCUGAGAAGAGUGCCAUCAGAUAAUUUAAUCUUUUAAAACAAAAAGACUCGUCCUCCUAGACUUUCCGGUAGUACGGGAAUGAAGAGGGGGUGGGGGAGGAUUUUAUUUUUAUUUAUUUUUUUAAAAAAAUUGAAUUUUAGAUUUUCUUGGGAAGAGAGGAAAUCAUUUUAAAUGCAGAAUCGUCAUUUGCUCUCUCUCUCACUCGCUCGCUCACACACUCUCUCUUCUCUCUUUUUUUCUUUCCCUCUUUCUCCCUUCUCUCUCUCUCCCUCUCUCUUUCCCUCUUUCUAUUUUCUCUCUCUUUCUUUCUCCUUCUCUCCUCUUUAAUCUUUUUCCCCCUCUCUCUUUCCCUCUUUCUUUCUCUCUCUUUCCCUCUUUCUCUUUUCUCUCUUUCUCUUUCUUUCUGUUUCUCUCUCCUUCUCUCCUCUCUUUAAUCUCUCCCCCCUUUCCCUCUUUCUCUUUCUCUCUUUUCUCUCUUUCCCUUUCCCUCUCUCUCUUCUCUCUCUCCUUCUCCUUCUCCCUUUAAUCUCUCUCAUUCCCUUUUCUCUUUCUUUCUCUCUCUUCUCUCUCUCUCUCUCUCAGUCCUUCUCCCUUUAAUCUCUCUCCCCACUCUCCCUCUUUCUCUUUCUCUCUCUCUCAUUCUCUCUCUCUCUCUCUCUCUGAUGAAAUUGGUGUCAUUCGCUUCUAAGCUUGUUGAAUCCAAGCCUUAAAUUAACAAGAAGUUCUGUUUUUGCUUCACCUUAAUUACAAAAUGCAGCACUGUGAAAAACAAUCAAGAUCAAUAGUAGAUAGUACCAAAUAAAUAAAUAAACCCCAACAAGUGUUCCAAGAAAUAAUCAAGCAGAUGAAAUGCCACUGAGGGUAUAAAGGAAGGUUAGAAGAUUAAAAGGAAGGGGAUGUUAGCAGGAAGCCAAAUGAAGGAAAAGAGGACUGUUGCAAUUCUAGAUAGGCGUGGAAAGUACGUGGGAUAUAUAUAGAGAGAUAUAUAUUGAGGAGGCUGGUGUUAAGGACUCGUAGCAAUGUUUUCGAUUAUAUUAUCGUGCGGGGGGGGAUUGCCCGGAGAGUGAAAAGAUUUCAAAGCAAUUGGUAACACUUAAAUAAACAUUUAGCCUUUCGAGACUUCAACGUAUUCAUUCCUAGUAUUUUUGUUUAUUCUUUUUUAAAGGUGAUAUAUAGCACUAAGCAAUGGUGUUAUUUUGUAUGAGGUUCUCGAGAGAGCAAAAAUAUCAGUAAUAUACUGUAACAUGGAUGGCCAAAGUCCCAACGAUUCCUGAAAUUUCUUUAAUGUGUCAAAAGUCCUCGUAGUCCUUGACUUAUAACAGUUUUUUUUUUUUUUAAUUUGAUUUAUAUGCCGCCCUUCUCCGAAGACUCAGGGCGGCUUACAAUGUGCUCAGCAAUAGCCUUCAUCCUUUUUUGUAUAUUUAUACAAAGUCAGCUUAUUGCCCCCACAAACUGGGUCCUCAUUUCACCUACCUUAGAAAGGAUGGAAGGCUGAGUCAACCUUGAGCCUUGGCGAGAUUCGAACCCUGCAGUAAUUGCAGGCAGCUGGUCUUAAGCAGCUUAAUAACAGGGUGCCUUAAACCCCUGUACUACCAAGGCUCUUUUAGUUCAUUUAGUGACCGUUUGAAAUGACAACAGCACUGAAAAAGAAGUGACUUAUGACCGUUUUUCACACUUACGACCGUUGUAGUACCCACCCACCCCCGUCAGGAUCAAAAUUCAAACAACUGACCCGUAUUUAUGACGGUCUCAGCGUCCCCGUGGUCCCGUGAUUCCCUUUUGCGACCUUCUGACGAGCAAAGUCAAGGGGGAAUCCAGAUUCACUUAGCGACCGUCUGACUCACUUGACAAUUGCAGCGAUGCACUUAACAACGGGGCGAGAAAGGUCAUAAAAUGGGGCAAAACUCGCUUAACAACCGCCUCGCUUAGCAACAGAAAUUCUGGGCUCAAUUGUGGUCGUAAAUCGAGGACUACCAGUAAUAAGGCAUUGACAGUAUGGCUGCAUUUAGCCUGCGAGUGGCUUUAGCCCAAAUUUGUGCGUUUAAAGCAGUGGAACGUUUCUAUGCUCUAUGCACUAUAUAUAAAAUGAAAUAUUUUUUAUGUCUGUGUGUGUACUAUAACUUCGUCGUGUCAAAAUUGUAUAUUUGAAAAUAGAAAAAAAAUAAAAAAAUAAAGCAAUAUUCUGGAGAAAAAAA